CACCGCUGCGUAACCAAAUAUUUCUCGAUUCUCUUCGUCGUCCCAACCUUCACCACCGGCUCUGUCCUACACGCCCUAAUCUGCCCAACUCUAGUUUAACCGAUCCUUGACCUUAUUGAUUCCCAAUUAUUAUUUGUUCUCCACCCUCGAUCAUUUGACAUGUUUUUUUGAUCCGAUCUAAGUUUCAGGAUUUAGCUAUUCAUCGAAUCAAGGGUUCCGUGUUCGACUUCAUUCCGUUGAAUCAAGUUUAUGAGAUUGGUGCAGCAGAAGCGGAAGAGGAAUAGGAGAUGUAUAGCAAUUUCAAGGAGCAAGCGAUCGAGUAUGUGAAGCAGGCUGUACGAGAAGACAAUGCUGGGAACUACGUCAAGGCCUUUCCCCUUUACAUGAACGCGCUUGAGUACUUCAAGACGCAUCUCAAGUAUGAAAAAAACCCUAAGAUUAAGGAAGCGAUCACCCAGAAGUUCACUGAGUAUCUUCGGCGCGCUGAGGAGAUACGGGCCGUGCUAGAUGAGGGUGGGCCGGGGCCGGCAUCAAAUGGGUAUGCUGCGGUUGCUACGAAGCCGAAGACGAAGCCUAAGGAUGGAGAUGAUGGGGGAGAUGAUCCGGAGCAGGUUAAGCUUAGGGCGGGGCUUAACUCGGCGAUCAUAAGGGAGAAGCCGAACGUUAAGUGGAACGAUGUUGCUGGCCUUGAGAGUGCCAAGCAAGCAUUGCAGGAGGCUGUCAUACUGCCCGUCAAGUUUCCUCAGUUCUUCACAG